UACUUGGGAGUGGAGUGCGCAUGCGCCAGAGUUUCUCCUUGACUAUCGUUGCCCACAAUACUAUCAUCAGUCCCUCCCCACAGCAGCACAUCUCCACACACAGCCACACUAACAGCACACCAACGCCCUCCAGUGAGCACCAAGGAAGACGCAGGUUGGAUUUUUAUGACUGACUCCUUAUGUGACCAAAUGAUUAAGGUGAUGGACUGUUAACCCUCCAGGAGAUAUAGAUUAAAACUAUAGGUAAAUUCCAUCAUGGAAGAUUCUUCAGCUGGUUCUGUCCAGGAAGGAGAAAAUCUUAAUGAUUUGCAACAUUACUUAGUGAACUUUAAUAAAGAAAUUGGAGCGGAUGUACCAACAGAAUUGGAUGAUGCAACAGUUCAUGUGACAAACAGAGAACAUGAUGCUGUUUUCAUUUCUACAACAGAAACUACGUCUCCAGUUGUAGAAGGCACAGAAAUUGUCAGUAUGCAAGAAUAUUAUACACCACCAACUGCAAUUCUAAAUACAGAAACAGAUGCUGCUGAUCAGAUAUCUUGUAUUGAAACAGUUCAAGGACAUUCUACAAUAGAACUAGAUGCUGCAGAAGCAGAGAUUGUACAUAAAAUCUCAGAUAUUGUACAAAAUGAUCAUCUCUCUGCUGUUCAUGCUCAGCUUGCAGAGUUAUCUGGGAACCAAAUUCAAGAAUCUGGUUUUAUUAAUGGCUCUGAAAUUACUGCAGAAGCAUUAGCAAACAGUGAAAAUGAGAUUAAUCGAAUAAUUCGUGUGGUCUCUGUAGGUGGAGAAAAACACAUGCAUAUAGAAGAAGCAAGUUUACAAGUUGUAUCUGAGGAUUCUGCAAAUCAACAAAUACUUUCUUCUGGUGAUUUAGGGGUUCAGCAAAUAUCUGUUGAUGACAGUCAAAUAGUAACUGGUGAGGAUACACAAACUAUUAUACGUCAAGAUAUUGAUGGUACCAACCCCGUGGCUGUUCUUGCCUCUGUAGCAGCUAAUACUAUGUGUGCUUCGAGUCACUUGCAAGCAAUGCCUGUUGGUUCACUGCCCACUGAAAUUCACAAUGCACAAUUGGUUGCACUUCAGAAUUCAGAAGACAGUUCUCAACCUCAGCUUGUUGCAGUUCAGUCUGCAGAUGGUGUUACCUCAGAAACAUUGCACGUAAUUGACAAUUCUCAGGUCUCUUCCUCCAACUCCUUCAUUUUGCCCACAGCUGGCACAAAUUACCAAACAGUGACUAUUAUGCCUUCUGAUGGCAGUCGGAAUGGGGAAUUUAGUUAUGUAUUUAUUGUGUCACAGGGUGAUGGGGAUAAAGACUUAUCUGUGUAUGAUUUCAAAGAAGAACCACGGGAAAUCACAGAUGAAAUUAUUGAAGAAGAUGGCACCACAAAACGAAUUUUGAAAAUAACUCCUAAAAAACUGUUCCAAACAAAUCCAGCACAGUUGAUGUGUCAGUAUUGUAAUUAUACAAGUCCUAAACGAUAUCUAUUGACUCGGCACAUGAAAUCACAUUCUGAAGAUCGACCACACAAGUGUGAUGUUUGUGGGCGUGGUUUUAAAACAAUGGCAUCAUUACAAAACCACCGAAACACUCACACUGGAACUCGACCCCACAAAUGUAAACAGUGCCAUGCAGCAUUUACCACUUCAGGAGAACUUGUGCGUCAUGUAAGAUAUCGUCAUACAUUUGAAAAACCUCAUAAAUGUUCUAUGUGUGAGUAUGCUAGUGUUGAACUGAGUAAGUUAAAGAGACACAUGAGAUCGCAUACAGGAGAAAGGCCUUAUCAAUGUCAACACUGUUCGUAUGCAUCUCCUGACACUUACAAAUUAAAGAGACAUUUACGGAUACACACUGGGGAAAAACCAUAUGAAUGUGACAUUUGCCAUGCUAAAUUUACACAAAGUAACUCUCUCAAAGCUCACAAGCUGAUUCAUUCUGGCAAUAAACCUGUAUUUCAAUGUAAUCUGUGCCCUACAACAUGUGGACGGAAAACUGAUCUUAAAAUUCACAUUCAAAAACUCCAUACCUGUGAAAAGCCACUUUGUUGUCGUAAAUGUGGAAAAAAUUUCCUUGACCGGUAUUCCUAUAAAUUACACAUGAAAAGUCAUGAAGGGGAAAAAUGUUUCAAGUGUAAUCGUUGUGACUAUGCAGCUUUAUCUCAGCGCCAUUUAGACAACCAUUUACUUACUCAUUCAGGAGAGAAACCUUUUGAAUGUAAUGAAUGUGACCAGUCUUUUAGGCAAAAACAACUUCUAAAACGACACAAGAACCUCUAUCAUACACCUAAUUAUACUCCACCCAGGCCUAAGGAGAAAACUCAUGAAUGUUCAGAAUGUGAUAAAAGUUUUGCCCACAAGGGUAAUUUAAUGCGACAUCUCUCUUACCAUGAUUUAGAGGAAGAUGCAUUUCAGACGGAUCAUUUAAAUAAACUGUCCCCCGGCCCCCAUGUUCACCUCACUGCUCAGCAGCUGUUACAAAGUAGUUUACUAUCUGAUCUCCGAGAUGGCAAACUGGGUCCAGGGCGUAUACCACAAGUCGUUCUUGUGCAUCCAGAUGGUCGUGUUGAGGAAGUCACUUCUAAAUUACAAAAAGUGCAGGAUGCUGAACAAACAGCAACAACAUUUAGUUCUCAUAACCAAGAAAAGAAUAUGGAUGAUAUUUUUUUAGCUAUGGAAGUCACUGCUGAAGCAAUGAACAAUGCUGGGACCUCAACUUUAAAUUCUGAUGGGAUUCAAAUUUUGAAUACAUCUGACGCUAUUAAUGGAAUAGCAGAAGUUAGUCAGAUGAAAGAAGCAAGUACUCAGGCAGAGUUGGAAUCAGAUUUUGAUAGUGACUCAGAAUCUGAUGAGAGUGAGUUGGAUGUUCAUGAAUCAAUAGAGACAGACAAUAUAGCUGUGGCACCAGACAACUUGUCAGAUGCCUCGCAACACGUCGCUAAUGGAACUGCUCACAUCAUUACGCUAAGCACAUUAUCAAGUGAUCUUAAUCUUUCUAAUAGCAUUAAGACUAACUCAACAACACUAACAGUACCAGCAGAGCUUAUUCAAGCUAGGUUGGUGAAUGUUGAUUGAAUUGACGACUGAAUAUUUCAGCCUUGUUUGAAAUUACUAAUCCUUUAUAAGGAAUUGCAACUUCAACACAUACACACAUACCCAGUUUU